AGGACCGCGCAGCGAUCCAUUCAAGCCAACAAGUUUGGAGUGAAUGUUGAGUUUAAUCAAUUCAGAGCGUCGAGAUGGAGCCCGACUCACUCACGUGGGUAGGCUCGCCUUGUGGUCUGCACGGACCGUACAUUUUCUACAAAGCGUUCAGGUUUAACCUUGAAGGCAAAGCGAGGAUUUUAUCGCUCGGGGACUUUUUCUUCGUACGGUGUAAACCCGGGGACCCGGUGUGCAUAGCGGAGCUCCAGCUGCUGUGGGAGGAAAGGACGAGCAAGCAACUUUUAUCCAGCUCUAAACUUUAUUUUCUCCCAGAAGACACUCCCCAGGGAAGGACUGUCACUCACGGCGAGGACGAGGUGAUCGCAGUGUCAGAGAAGGUCAUAGUGAAGUUAGAUGACCUGGUGAAAUGGACUGUGUGGGAAGCCUCAUGCUGGAAGACGGGCCUAAGGGCCAUGCCCUUGAAGCCCUCCACGCUCAAGGAGCUGGGCAAGAAUGGCCAGAAAGAAGCCCUCCACCGAUACAGAGAGUCCACCCUCAACAGCGGCCUCAACUUCAAGGACGUUCUGAGGGAGAAGGCUGAACUAGGUGAAGAUGCUGAAGAAAAGAGAGUUCUGGUGCUUAGUUAUCCGCAGUACUGUCGCUACCGCUCCAUCAUCGCACGGCUCCGGGAGCGGCCGGCCUCCCUCCUGACAGACCAGGUGGUGCUGGCACUGGGGGGCAUCGCUUCGCUCACCAGCAACACGCAGAUCCUCUACUGUAGGGACACCUUCGAACACCCCACGCUACUGGAGAACGAGAGCAUCUGCGAUGAGUUUGCUCCUAACCUGAAGGGCCGGCCCCGCAAGAAGAAGCUCUCCAUCUCCCAGCGCAGGGACUCGCAGGGCCAGAGCGGAAAUGGCAAGGAGUCCGGCAGUGCGGAGGGCAAGUCCAAGGUGAAAGGAGACUCAAAGGCCAUAGUGUCCAAACCCAAGAGCAGCAGCGGCAGCAGCAGUAGCAGCAAGCGUCAAGCCCACAACGAGGAGAAACCCAAGGAGGAAGGAGGUGAGGAGUGCCGGGCGGAGGAGCAAGCCUUUCUAGUGGCUCUGUACAAGUACAUGAAAGAGAGGAAAACUCCCAUCGAGCGGAUACCCUACCUAGGCUUCAAGCAGAUAAACCUUUGGACUAUGUUUCAAGCUGCUCAGAAGCUGGGAGGAUACGAAUUGAUCACAGCCCGCCGACAGUGGAAAAAUGUUUACGACGAGCUGGGUGGAAACCCGGGCAGCACGAGUGCCGCCACAUGCACACGGAGACACUACGAGAGGCUAAUUCUGCCCUAUGAGAGAUUCACGAAAGGAGAGGAGGACAAGCCACUACCCCCCAUCAAACCCAGAAAGCAAGAGGCCGGCGCCCAGGAGGGGGGUGCCAAGACAAAGGUCCCGUCCACAAAGCGCCUGAAAGACGACCAGAAUCCGAAGGGCCGCAGUGAAAAGGACGCUUCAGCCAAAGUUUCAGAGCCGGGUGCUGAGGACAUAGAGGACAAGGAGCAACUCCAGGAGGACUUGCUGCUGAAGCAGAAGCCCCAGAAGUCCCAGCUUCCGGUCCAGAGGGAAGGCGAGGUCAUCAGUCCCUCCUUGGAGGAUGACGACGUGCAGCUGAUAAUCAAGGAGGAUAUAGAGGAGAAAUUGAUGCUCCAGAAAGUCCCCUGGGACAGCAGCCCACACGAACCAGUCAGUAGGAGCAAGCAUGCAUCACUACCACAGGAUGGCACGCCCCUCAAAUCAGAGGACUCCGACGUGUUCCCUGUUGCUGCAUCAAUGCCAUUACGCCACUCUAACCCCUUCGCGCACCCUCACACACAGGACCAAUGGCAGCAUGGAACACCGGAGUACAAGGUACCUGCGUACACCUUGGGAAAUAUUGAACAGACUGAGAAUCAGAAUCAUGUAGGAAUGGUGCUACCCACUUUGAAGCAAAGACCUCUGCAGCCCCUCUCAGUGCCAAAGAUCCCAACAGAGAGGGCUGAACUGCCCACAAAGGAGGAGAGCUUCAGCUACAACUCGCUUCUUUACCCUAGAAUCAACCCUGGCAUAAUGUCCCCCUUAGCCAAGAAAAAGAUGCUGUCCCAAGUCAGUGGCACUGGCUUGCCCAGUAAUUACCCCUAUGGUCCACCUCCUCCAUUAGUCAACAAAAAGGCAUCUGCCAGUAGUACAGAGGAAACAGCUGCUGGACAGCAUGGACCCCAGGUCCCUUCUACAGCAAGUGAGGCGAGUGUGGUAAUCAAGCGUCCUUCUGUCAUCCAGCACGCUCAGAGCUUCAAGCCUCGAGGCACUGAGGACAGAAAGCCUUCUGUGGAGGCUUCUCAGAGAGAGGCACGUAGUGAAGGGGAUUCAGAGCCACCCCAGCACCAGCCUCUCCAUCAGUCCCAGACCAGCCCCACCAGAGAGCCCUAUAUUGUGAGGGCCAGCCCUCACUCCAGUGUUGAGAAAUCCACAGAGAUACCACGUCCUGGACAAGCGCCUAGCUUCCUUGGCGAUUUCUACUCCUCGACUCACCUGCACAACCUCUACCGCCAAGCUGAGCACCAUCUGAGCAAAGAACAGCUUAGCAAGUACCUAAGUAGAGAGGCUUAUCCACGGGACUCUGAGAUUGCACAUGGUUUCCCACAGAGCCAGCAGCCCGACAGUGGAAGCCUGACAUACUGUGCCAGUCUCAAUCAGAAAGAAAAAGGCCCUCCUAGUGAAAGGGUGGCAGAGGAGCAACCCACAGAUCUGAGCCUCCCGAAACCCUCAUCACACAAACUGCACCGCUCCUCUACGCCUUCGCUGAGUGGCCUCCCACAUUCCAUGAUACAGCAGGAUGUUAAAAGCACUCCUCUCUUUCAGGCAGGCAACAGUCAGAGUGCUAGCUUAGACUACCACCCCAGAGCCUGCCGCGUACCCCCCAUGACUGUUUCCACCCCUAAGAAAGUGGUUGAACCUCAGCCCAAAGCACACAGCGGCAGAGCGGAUGAGGCACUGAGCUACAAAUUAGAUGAGAUGGCUCGGCCCAUUCUGACCACCAAAAGUAGUCCGCAGAACGUUGGUGCUGCACGGCCGCUGAAAAGAAACCUGGAGGAGCUGGAGAACGGGCCCACCGAGAAGAAGAUCCGUGCUGUGACGCCCAUGCAUUGCUCCACGCCUAGAGACACCUCGGUGAAAGUGCGGACCCCGGAGCCCGACAACGAAUCCAUGAAGCCGGCAGAGCCGGCACACGCGGUGCAUAUCAAUAGCUAUGCUGCUGAGGGACACAAGUUCCCUCUGCACUCCCCCAUCUUCCCAGGGCUGUAUCCUGGGGCUUUCGUAUCUCAGGUACAGGACAUGUGUGACAGCCUGGGCCCCCACGUACCCCCUGGUUACUCACAUCCACUGCAGUACUUGAAGAACCAGGCUGUCAUUUCACCCCUUAUGCCCCCUUUUGCCAUUCAUUCCAUAAUGAUGCAGAGACAGUUCUUGGCCCAGGCGGCCAAUCCAGCCCACCUGUACAGGCACCCAGUUGGGACUUCAUACGGGGACAUUCUUCACCAUGGCCUCUAUCCCAUGUCAGCCCUUAACCCCCAGCCUGCUUUCAGUCCCCCACAGCUCUCUUCAGUUCACCCCAGCACCAAACUCUCCUAGAGGAGCCUGACAUUCCGGUAGCUGGAGAGGCUUAGAAGACACUCCUUCUGACUGACACUCAAAUGGUCCCCAUUUCCAAUGACACGCUAGCCACGGCCUAGAGGCGCUUUAAGGAUAUUUCUGUUAUGUGUCUUUCUUGCCACUCAAGUUUAUGAUUUGCACAUUUCUUUGAACAUGGGCCAGCUGGGCUGAUUGUGUCUUGUUCUCACCACGCUGUCUGAAGGCGUCAGAUGUCUGGCCUGAAUAAGGGUUGCCUUGGAAUGAGCGCUGGAGUUAGCAGUAGGUUAUUGUGUCCCAGUGGAGGAACAGGAGGAAUUCUCACUGAACUUCUGGAUGUCCAAAGGAUAUAAACAAGUUGAGUGACAAAUCAAUGCAAUUUCAGCAGUGCUAUUUCAAUCAAUCCGCAGAACUCUGUUUUGAAACACUAUUUUGACAUAAUGCAGAAGAGCUGCCUGUUGGAACUAUUGUACCUUUGCAUAUUAAUCCUUACUGUGCAUCUUUUUAUGUAUCAGUGUGGUAGUUUAGUGCUCAUAUUUCAAGCCUGCAGGGGUUCAACAGGUAAGAUCAGAUUUUUUGUUCCAAACGCGCAAGAACCACGAGAGAUCAGAACAUUGCAGUUUGGUGUGUUACACGGCUACAUGUAAAUAAAACUAACUAAGCUUUUCUUGAAAGAAUCUUAUACAUUGAUGAAAAAAUGUGAGUUAGGUUUCACACGCUUUUCUGACCACCAUCCUCUGGCAUCCCCUUUCUGUUCCUCUCACACUCAGCGAAGUUCCCUCCCAUUUGCCAGGGCAACGUGGAAUGUGUUUGUCAAAUGUAGGACCGAGGUGCUUGUACAUAACCCUUGCAAACUGAAAAAAAAACACUUUGUAUCAUAUUCACUGGCUACUGUAAUUUCUGACUGCACAGAACCACAAGUUCUAAAAUGGGAUCGCUUUGCUCGUGAAGGGAUGAAGUACCAUGUCCAGGACUACUUUGGUGGCUUUUUCUUUGCAGGCACACACUUUCACAGUUUACUCAGAGGAAUUCUUUUCAAGGGAUUUACCAGGGUUUAAGACUACACCUGGGGAUGUAGGGGUGGGUGGGAAGGGGAGUUUUAGGAGCAUUUAGUGAAGCACACAAAGGCCCUUCUUGAUUGUUUAUAAUAAAAGAUGUAUAGCAGUUGGUGUCAAAAUUACUUUAAAAUAUAUUGGAAAAAAAUGUCUGUAUUGGCAGUGGUCAGUUCUUCGAAAAGGUCUGUGUUAAAUGAUGUGAAACUGCAGAACAUGGUUGUCAGUUAUACAAACUUUCUUUGCACAAAGAAUUUUGGAAAAGAACCAACAUGAUUAUGAAAGUGACACAAUCCUCCUAGGGGUAAUCAAUUUUCUUUUCUUUUCUCUUUCUUUUUUUGAUGUAUGGGAGUAGGAGAAAUAAAACUUAAAAGUUCAAGAAAUGUAUUUGCUCCAACUGUGUUUGGGGUAGCACUCAAGGUUGCUAUGUAACAUUUUUAAUAAGAAAUAAACCGUUUUAUAACUUAAAGUCAAUUUA